CAUUGAAUUUUGAGGUUACGUUGAUCUGACCGACGAUUUUUUUAGACAUUUAAAUUUUGUUAUGUGAAACAAACAAACCACUAUCUCCCCCUCCUGUGAUUGUAUGUGGAAACAUGUUGAUUAAUUCUAAUUCUAAAUAAUCUCUAAUGUAAUAUAGUUAUCUCUGUUUAGGUGUUUAACAGUUUUUAAUUGUAUAAACAAUUUGUUAAUGUACAUAUCUAACAAAUUUGUGUAGAAUAUAAAGUAUUUUUGGAAUUUUUCACAUAUAUUUAACAAUGGGUGUAAAAGAGACACUGAAAGAAGCUGCUAUCCAGGUUGGAUCUGGGGGCUCUGCAGGGUUUGUGGAAGUUUGUAUAAUGCACCCCUUAGAUUUGGUAAAAACUAGGCUUCAAAUACAGUCUAGAACUAUGGACCGCAAUGACCCCAGAUACUAUAAAGGCAUUAUAGACUGCUUCGGAAAAAUGUAUAAGCACGAAGGGAUGUUUUCCUUCUGGAAAGGCAUAGUGCCCCCCAUUUUAGCCGAAACCCCAAAGAGAGCAGUUAAAUUUUUUACCUUUGAACAAUACAAACAGUUCUUUAUGUUUGGAUCUGCUACCCCAACCCCACUUACCUUUUCCUUGGCAGGAUUGGGAGCAGGAGCCACUGAGGCCGUUCUUGUCAACCCCUUUGAAGUAGUGAAGGUGUCUCUACAAUCCAACAAAGCUAAAUCCAGUGAAGUCCCUAGCACUUGGGCUGUAACGAGAGUCAUUAUACAGGAAAAUGGGUUCGGUUUGAGGGGUUUAAACAAAGGACUUACGGCUACUGUUGCGAGAAAUUCCAUAUUUAAUAUGUUUUAUUUCGGAUUUUAUCAUUCUGUGAAGGGGAUGGUGCCAGAAUAUGAAAAUCCUUACACAGAAUUCUUCAAGAAGAUUGGACUCGGCUUCAUUUCGGGCAGUGUAGCGUCGUGUUUAAAUAUUCCAUUCGACGUGGCAAAAUCCAGAAUCCAAGGACCUCAACCAGUGGUUGGUGAAAUCAAAUACAGAACAACGCUCAACUCCAUGGCCAUUGUGUAUCGAGAGGAAGGAUUGGCUGCCCUAUACAAAGGCCUUCUUCCAAAAGUUCUCAGGUUGGGACCAGGCGGUGCUAUCAUGCUCGUUGUUUACGAGUACUCACACAAAUAUCUGACCGAAGUGUUCAAGUAAUCGCCGAUUCUCAUUAACCAAAGAGUGAUUUGCAUUUAGUUUACAUAACAAAUUGCUUUCUUUAUUUUGCCAUAACCACAUAAAGCGUUUUUAAUUCUGGAACUCAACGUAGAUGACGUCAGUAAUGUACGUCGUACAUCAUACAUCAUACGUCUGAAUUUCUGGUUACUGUCAAAAUAUCUUAAUAACCGUCAAAAGUUAAUAAGGCAUUCCAAUAUGCUGUCAAAAUUAAAUCAUUAUGGCGGCUGGGAGGCAAACAUAAAUGUUAUUCUGUUAGUUCUUAUUGUGUUUUAGAUCAUUUUAGUUAUGUUUCUUAGUAAUUUUGUCUUGUACAAGAAUUAAUUUAACAUUUUCACUGGAAGAAUUAAUUUAAAAAGAUAAUAUGCCUCAUUUCUGUUGUGUAUUGAAAUGUGGAAUGCAAAGUAACCGUGAUAAACUUCAGUUUUAUCGGUUACCAUCAGUGCUACAUUUUAAGCAUAAAACUGAACUAAAUAAUCAUCUGAGAGACAAAAACAAUGGUUAAAUGCUAUAAAAUGUCCUAUAAAAAUGCUAAAUAACUAGCUAUGACCAUGUUACUUACGCUUGGAAAACUGUCUCUACUGUACGUUAACUCAGACUCCUUGAGGGAAAGUGAAUCUAUAUUAUUUAUUUUGCCAAUCUUUUGCUUGUACCUACUAGCAACGUCUGUAUUGUCUACCAACAACUUUUGAAAAUAUUCACUCAAGUAUAAAAUUAUUUACUGCUUAAAACUAAAUAAAGUCGUUCAAGUACUUUUACAACUGAAAACUACACAAGAUAAACAACAAAAUAUUCGGAAAAUACAAUUAAAAAACUAUUAAAGGUAAAAAACUUAAGAAACACAAUGUGGUACAAAUAUAAAUGAAUACACAAUUGUUCCGUGCUGCGGAAUUGAGUAAAUGGAAUUAAUUAAAAUAAGUGUAAACAACGAACAAUAAUAUAUUUAUUUAUUUUUGGUUAAAAGGCGUGCUUGUUCAUCUCGUAAAAGGGUUUGACUGUUUGGUCCAGCGAGAGUUUGUUGAUCGACCGACGCCUGCUGCGAUUGUGUGAAGCGACACGUGGUUGUAUCUCGACUGCUGUGGCUGAAAAAGACCACAAACGCUAAUAUGUUUGUGUUUCUACCAUCUGGCCAGAAAGGCGAUAAAUUAUUUAGAUCUGGCGUUUAAAAGUUGAAACAUUUCUGCAGUUUUAAGAAACGUCUUUGAAUGCAUUUCCAAAGUGAGUUAUUGACAUAAGGUCUGAUAAGGUAAUUAAUUUAUGGGAAAUUCAGUUUGUUAAACUGAACACACCAAAAACAUCUGGUUAGGGAUACAUUUCGUUUCGUAAAACUUAACGGGCCCUUCUUAGCAUCUGGUUUGUAUAUUAAAUGUGAAUUUUAUAUGACCCAUAUUAUUUCGUUUUGAGAAAAGUUAUUAAAAAUUAAAAUUAGCACAAAUAGUAAUUAAAGCGUGUCGCCACACAAUGUUUGUCUCCCAGCAGUGUCAUAAACGUCAAAGUCUUGGGAUACCCUAUAAAAUAAGUUAAUGUUGCUAGUGACUAAUGUGAAGUCUUGCCAUAUGUCUUAAAUGUAUGAGUUCACUGUUACUAUAUGUAUGCCAGAAUUUGACAUAAGGGUAAAGAUUGUCUUUACUAUUAAGGUUUGUGAUUACUAUCAUUGUUGACAUUACUGUUAAGGGCGACCCAAAAAAUUAACAAUACUACCAAUAUCUUCUUGUCAUUACAUUUUUUCUUUUUAAUUUGAAAAUAUAUGUAAAUAAUAAUAAUUUUUUAUUAAGUAUUUUUACAAUAUACAGGGUGUCCCCGAAAAUAGUGCGUUCCUCAAAGGUAUAGGUAGAAGGCACCAUGUAGAGCAAAAAAGUCUUAUAUUUUUCUAAAUGCAACCGUUUGGCUAAAGAACCAAAAUACAUUUUGGUAUGCAAAUUGAAAUCUGACAACUAUGUAUACAAAAUUCUAAACAUAGACAAUCACAAUUCAAAAAUAGUUGCAGCAUUUUAGCCAUAAGUAUUUACAUUAAACCCUGUCUUCAUCCUAAACAAACAAACAAUUUCUUGUUUUGUUGGAUUUCCAAACAUGGGGCAUGGGGUGGUACAAUUAUUUUGCAGGUGUACCUGUCUGACCUACAUUUGUGGUGUCAAUAAACUAAAUCACAAACAGUUCUUGUACAGUGAUGCCAAAUUAGUUAAUUUUAUGAAAAUAAAAGUUCGCUUAUAUGGCGAACAAUGUAAUUUUUUUUGGAAACGAUUAACUUUAGAAAAAAUGUUAUAGGACUUUUUUGUUCUACAUUGUGUAUUAUAUCCAUACCUUAAAGGAACGCACUAUUUUCGGGGACACCCUGUAUAGACCACUGUUAUAUUAAUGAACUUACCUCAUUUAAGCUCAAUUUUUUUGAAUCCUACGUUUAUUAGUAGUAAGAAAAGAAAUGUUUAAAAGUCUUCCAUAUAACGGAACAGUUAUGUAGAUGUAUGUAAAAGUGUGACUAAGUGUCAAGUGUCAUAUGUCAUUUAUGUAUUGAUGGCGUCAUAAGUAUUUUUAAUAUAGCUCAAAACAAAUGCAAGGUGUCUAAACGUUUGACAGUGUUUAUCAUAGAUAAGAGUGUGCUGUAGUGUUGAUUCUUCAGUUGUUUAUUGAACAGUUUUUUUCUUAAAUCUUACUGUAGACUCUUGUCUGUUAAAAUAUAAUAUACAGUAUGGUACAAAUGAAAGGAAUAAAUUCGUCAUUUCGUAAACCGGCAACACUAAGGAAAAAUCCCGAAACAGGUCGAUUUUUAAUUUUAGAUUAUGAUAUUUUAGCAUAUAUACCACACGCGUGACGUCACCUAUCAGGCCGUGAUGACGUAAUCGAUAUUUUUUUUAAAUGAGAAUAGGGGUCGUGUGCUAGCUCAUUUGAAAGGUUAUUCAAUUCCCUAUUCAAUAAUGUAAACAUUAACAUAAUUAUUUAUAAAGGGUGUCCAAAAACAAUUUUUUAAAUUAAAUUAAUCGACAAAAAAAGAAGAAUGUAUGUAAUUUAUUUAAUACAAAAUACUGUUAUCAUAAAACAGAAAAAAAAUGUUUAUUUGAAAAAUAAACAUUGUUCUUAGCUUAAAUUCAAUGUUCAAGCCAGCUCCCGCUAGGCACCUGCUUUUUGGAAGUUUGAAUAAUCAAUUUAAGCGAAAAGCAAUGUUAAUUUUUCGAAUAAACCUUUUUUCCUGUUUUCUGACAGUAGUAAAUGUAUUCUGAAUUAAAUGAAUUACAUACAUUCUUCUUUUUUUGUUAAUUAAUCUAAUUUAAGAAAAAUUGUUUUUGGACACCCUGUAUAAAUAACGAUGUUAAUGUUUAUAUUUCUGAAUAAAGAAUUGAAUAACCUUUCAAAUGAGUUAGCACACGACCUCUAUACUCAUUUAAAAAAAUCAUCGAUUACAUCAUCACGCCCAGAUGGAUGACGUCACUUGUGUGAUAUAUAUGCCAAAAUAUCAUAAUUUAAAAAUAAAAAUCGACCUGUUUCGGGAUUUUUCCGUAAAGUCACCGGUUUACGAAAUAACGAAUUUAUUCCUUUCAUCUGCACCAUACUGUAUAGUUUAAACACACAAAAUAUUUAUCACAAAAAUCUGUUAUCUUGUAGUAAUCUUUUUAUACUCAACCUUCUUAUCGGAAAAUCUGCAAGCACAAUUUUGCGACUGUAAAAAGGCAUUUGACAAUCUUGUAUACCAAAAGUGUGGUAAACAUUUGUAGAGUUUAGUACACCUUGUAUAUCUAGUCAGAAUGGUAUUUUCGUUAAGUUUUUUCUGUUCAAAUAUUUUUUAUAUUUUAUUGACUUUAAGUGACGUUACUUAUUAACUGUUAACAUCAUAUUAUGUCAUAUGUUUAUAAUAAAGUGGCUAAUUUAUCUAAAUCAUUUAUUUGUAAAAUGUGUAUAAAGUGAACAUUGUUUUUUAUUUUUUACACUGGCAUUUUUUGUUCUAAAGAAUAUUAAUAAAUUUUAUUGCCGAU